AUAAUUCAUAUAGAAAAGGAGGCAUUGGCAUUGCUUGAACGAACAGCUUAUCCUAUCGUUGCCUUGUCUGACUCCAAACAACUCUUCAUCUUUUCAGCAUGGAUUUGAGGCUCUGCCUGUGUCUUUUCAUACUUGGUUCUAGCUGGUGCUGCGCUGCUAGAGAAUUAGCUGUCCUUAACCCCCUUAUAACAGAAACUGAAGAUGUUUCGGUAUUGCAGAUAAAUAACCUAGAAGAACUGAGACAAGUUCAACCUCUGGAAGAAGUGAAUGGAAAUGAACAGUUGUGCACAUUGUGUGAAGAAUAUACCGCCAAGGCACUUAAUUACAUGGCUAAUAACAAGACCCAAACAGAGAUCAUUGACCGUCUUCACAAAUCUUGUUCGAAGAUGCGAUUUUACAAGAAGGAGUGCGCCAUACUCGUGGAUUAUUAUGCUCCUCUCUUCUUCUUACAAAUCAACAAAAUGAAACCUGAAAACUUUUGCCAACAGUUUGGCCUUUGUGAACAAGUGGUUAUUAUUUCUCAGGUGCUUUCUGGAAAGAACUGUGAUUUAUGCCACAAAGUAGUUACAGAGGCCGAAUCGAAAUUGAAAGAUCCUGACACACGGUUAGAGAUACUUGAGCUGCUCUUGAAGGCAUGUGGAGCUAUCAAACCUUAUGCUAAAAAGUGCAAGAAACUGGUGUUUGAAUUUGCGCCAGUGAUUCUCGUAAAUGCUGAACAGUUUCUGGAACAAAAUGACAUAUGUGCUAUUCUUCAUGCUUGUGAGUCUGCAGUAGAUAAAGAGCAAACAUCACCAAGGAAGCAAACUUCAUUGCAUUCUGCCUCUUAAGGAAAGAAUAAUGGUAUUCAGACUAGGUUGGGAACAUAUUGUCGUGUAUCUAAACAAUUAAACAUCAUAAAAGUUUAUGAAAUAUUGUGUAUAAUGUAUAUAAUUUAAUAUGUUGAAUUCCAAACUUUAUUUAUUGUUAUGAACACAGUUAUUUAUGCAAAGGGUUAAUAUAUUAAAUGUUAGUACUGUCUA